UUGCGGAUGUAAAAAGUGCUCGAUUUUGGGACUAAAUGUUUGCUGUUUAUGGUUAAAAGCUACGAGGAAAAAUAAUGCCUGAAAUGGAAGGAGUGCUUUUCAAGUGGACAAAUUAUUUGGCUGGCUGGCAGCUAAGAUGGUUUGUUCUCGAUAAAGGCAUCCUGGCAUACUACAAAUCCCAAGACGAAGUUCAUCUCGGAAGUAAAGGAUCAGUCAAAAUAGCAUGCUGUGAAAUAAUCGUUCAUCCGUCCGACAUGUGCCGUCUUGAUCUAAUCAUUCCUAAUGAGCAGCAUUUCUACGUCCGAGGAACGUCCCCCGCAGAGAGGCAGCAGUGGUUGGUUGCGUUAGGCUCGGCUAAGGCCUGCCUCACCGAUGCCAAGCAGCAACUGAAAGAUAAGACAGAAGAGACAUUGAAAGCCAAGAUGUCUGAACUGCGCCUGUACUGUGAUACGUUGAUGCAGAGUGUCGCUGCAGUCAAGUUGUCUGCCAAGGCAGAUGAUACUCCAGAUAUUGAGAAACUCAACGAGUCAACAUCGUUACUCUCCGAGACAUGCGACACCUUCAUUUACACGUUACAAGACUGUAUGAAAUUAGUCAAUAGCUCCUAUAAGGUACCAUUUGGCAACAGUACAUUAACGGAAACGGUAGUUCCGCCUUCACUACAGCAACAGCCUAAAAAAUCCGCUUCCCGAUCUCAUUCAGUAGAAGACAGAUACACCCCUCCUCAAAAUAAAAGUGGAGUUCAAACGAAAUACAAGAACCUUGAAGACAUAGCAUCCCGACCGAGGCCCCACAGAACACGUGCCCCGCCCAACCGACCCCUAUCCGCUCCAAACACGCCUACUUCCAACACGCCCCCAACGAUGAAUAGCGAGCCUGAGGACAAUCAUGUGACGAAUGGAGGAGAAAAUGGCCAGUUAAACCACAGUAUCGGAGAUGACGAAGGGACGGAGACGAUUCUGAACCUCGCCAUGCAACAUCCAUCGAUGCAAGAGAAACCGACAGUUCCGACGUUCUUCUCAAGAUGCAGUCCGACGUUUGAUUCAGUUUGUGAUUCUUCUGACGGCAGUUUUAAAACAGACGUAUUUCUGGAUGCCUGUGCUCAAGUCGUAGAUAUAUUCGAUAUGAUGGGCUCCUCCGCAUUCACACCAGUCAAGAUGGACAUGAAUGGUAACAUUAAGAAAUUAAGACAGAAGUAUUCCACGGAUCCAUCGGCUUUCUCAUCUCUCCAAACCAUCGUCCAACAAGAAGUACGGAGUAACGCUCAUCAUCUCAGGAACUCGGCAACAGACGCUCUCAUGUGGCUCCGAAGGGCCCUGGAGUUUGUCCGAGAAUUUCUUGUGGAGAUUGAGAAAGGGGAGAAGAAUCUGACAACGGCGGCGACGUCUGCUUACAAACGAUCGUUGCAUAAGUACCAUGGCUGGGUCGUCCAGGGCGUGUUUUCGCUGGCCAUCCGAGCAGCACCAUUCUACGAGGAUUUCAUCAAAUGUCUCUUGAUCAAUCCCGAGGACAUGGAAGCCGGGGGAGAAGAACAGGUCCUGGCCGACCUCAGGGCGAGUGUCAAACCCAUGGGCAUGGUGGUCGACGAUCUAAGACAAUAUUACUACACUGAGAAUCUGGAGAGCCAAGCACAGGUAUGAGUUGCAUCAACUUAGGUCAAAGGUCACAUUGCCUAAAGUAAGCCUUAGUGUGACUAGACUUCUACAAAAAUAGUUGCAACUACUACACAAAAUUGUCGCGACUACCUGUUUGGUGAAACAAUUGUGUCUCUCAUGACUAGUCACAACAAUGUAAUUUACUUACAAAACACAAUCGGACAUCAGUGACACAAUCCUUCAAUCCUUUGAGAGUGAAUUUGAUUAGAUUGCCCCUGCUGCAAACAUGGUGCAAUCCAUCAUGCAAAAUAGAAACAUGUUGUGACUGGUGUCCAAGCUUGCUACGAGAGUGGCAAAUUUCACUGGUUGCCUAGGCCUAUUCUCAAGGUCACAGAAAGGUCACAUCGUUCAAAGGUCAGUUACUCUUUUGAGUCGCCUGCUUGUUUUAAUGUUUAAUGAAUAGGGUGUUUAAAGAUAUUAAAUAUAUAAAUUAUAAUAUAUUUUAUGGUACUGUGGAGGGAUAUGAAUUUUUUUUUUUUGAUUUGUGGGAUCUUUGAAAACGAAUAGUAUGUUACGACUUACUCUAUGAGUAGAGUUCUUGGGAAUUUUCUCUGAAUUAGGCCCCUACAGGUAAAAUUUAACUGCUGGUCACAUGUUCAAAUUAAACUGGAUGGAUAGGGCAAUUCGUUUUGGUCCAUCCUAGCCUGAACAUCUGAUGUUACACUUUGAGGCUCUUGAACUACGCCAGAGAUCUGCCUUGAGCCUCCAUCCAUAAUCACCUUUGACCUCCCAUUCAUUUCACAUGGCCUUUAUGGUCCUGGAGAUUCACAGCUAAAUCUGAUGUACAUGUGUAUACGUAUAAAGUCAAUACCUUGCGGAUGAAGACAGGGGGGCUAGUCUAGGUCCAACCUACCCUGGCAAAUAUUUAUGAAAGCGCCCUCUGGGUGGCCAGACAGAUACGGUGCAGCUAGCCUGAAUAUCUGAUGUCACAUAUCGAGACUCGUUAAUAACGCAAGAGAGUUGCCCCAGCCUAGGUCAAUCCCCGCCCAUAUGCAUAUUUAACCUACAUUAAGUACGGAGUAUACGUCUGUGCUAAACACACAUCGGUGUAUGGGUAAAAACCAAAAAUUAAUAACCUACAUUCGUUUCACGACGCUGCACAUGCAGACGACCAAAAUUAAGCUGUGUUUUGAUUGGUCCGAGGUGACGUUUGUCAGCUGCACACUCGCAUCACCCCUGGACCAAUCAAACACAGAUAUGUAAAGCUAUGUCACUGCACGUUUAUCGUUGACAUCAUUGUGUCCAAUGAAAUCACUGUUUGUGAAAACUGGGAACUGUCUGUAUCCUUACGGAUAAAGAGAUAGGGGCCUAGUGUACUAUGCAGCAAGCCAGAUGCUCUGAUGCGAUUGGUCAAUGCGUGAAGGAGCGGUCUAUUAGGCCAACCAAAAUAAAUAACAUGUUGCUCGUCCCCACCUGCUCAAAUUUUGGACGCCAUGCCGAUUUUUUUUUGUAAUUUGUGAUUAAAGUUUUUUCUUUGUUUGACGAAAUUGAGUUAUCGAAGUGAGUCCAGAAAAUCCACUCCAUAAAAAGUAUUUAUAAAAAGUCAACAUUGUGUAUUAAACUUUUGCUACAAACUAUUACCGGUACCAUCUGUUUUCGAUUGCGUUUAUGGCUCUCCAUAGUUUUCCAACCUCCGAUGUCAAAAACCUGGGGCUGUGAUGUUGCAAUAGCAAGGUCUAUCAAUCUUUUUAAAAAGAAAUUUCACAAA